CCUGUAAAUAAUAUCAAGGCAAGGGAGAAGCGCCAUCCGACGGCGAAGACGGGCACGAGCGCGGCUGCCCGCAGAGAGAGAGAGGAGGGGACGCUCCGGCAGCGAGUGAGAUGACGAGACGAUGCUCUCACUGCAGCAACAACGGGCACAACUCGCGGACGUGCUCUGCGCGGGGAGGGGGCGUGCGGCUUUUCGGCGUGCGUCUGAUGGAAGGGGUGGUGGCAAUGAAGAAGAGCGCUAGUAUGGGCUGCCUCCCCUCCUCCUCCGCCUCCUCCAUUUCACCUUCAAAUUCGACCUACGCUCCUGCCUCUCCCUCGAGGGAUGCCCGCCCCCACACCGCAGCGGCCGUCGCCUCCGGUUACGCCUCCGAUGACCCCGACCGAGGGUCUUCUUCUAAUUGCCGCGGCGAGCGAAAGAAAGGGAUCCCCUGGACUGAAGAGGAACACCGAAUGUUCUUGAUGGGUCUUCAGAAAUUGGGGAGAGGCGACUGGCGUGGAAUUGCCCGAAACUUUGUCAUGUCUAGGACCCCAACACAAGUAGCAAGCCAUGCGCAGAAAUUCUUCAUCCGACAAAGUAAUCUAUCGCGAAGGAAGAGGCGCUCCAGCUUGUUUGACAUGGUCCCUGAAUUGGUUCCUGCUCCUGACGACCAGUUGUUACCUCAAUCUGUCGAUGGACUAGGGUCUGAGCCAGCUGAACCAUCAAGAACCAAGCUCGCUGUAGAAUCAAUAGAUACAGCAAUGGUGCCAACAAUGUAUCCAACUUUCGUGAUUACGCCCGUGUCUUCCUGGCCCUGGCCUCCAAAUUUGGCCGCCUCCUCCUCUUCCAUCGACGGCGCCGACGCAAUGGCUGAACCCCGCAAGAUCGCAAGGCCAACUCCAAUAUUCCCAAAGGAGCCGCCUGCGCAUGUGGAUGAGGUGGUCAGCAUGUCCAAGCUCAGCAUCGCAGACGGUGGUCGCAUGGAGACAACUGAUGUCUCCCUCGAGCUGAUGGCGUCCUCCAAUAGUCCGAGACAGUCGGCCUUCCACGCCAACACUUCCAUUGCCGUGCCUGAUCUAAACAAAAAUAACAAGAGCCCGAUUCAUGCAAUUUGAGGAAAACAAACAUGGGAGCUGGCAGAUCUUGUUGCAGUUUAUUGUUCUUUUGUGUUGAUAUUUAUAACUGAAGCACCUGCUGAAUAAGGUUGUAGUUUUUACCUCUUAUCCAUCCAAUUACCUAGUUAAUGUCCUGGUAACAUGAAACUCUAGUAAAAAAGAUAGAAGGAAAAAAAACCUUUUAUUAUAUUUAAAAUAUAUAUAUAUGCAUGCUCUUAUUUC